UUUGUCUUGUAUUUUGCAAUGUCAAAGGUCGAUAUGUUACAAACUACAGGAUGGGAUCUAGUGCGAUUACUGUCUCCAUAUGUCGCUGGCACGAGUGGGAGUGAGGAAUUGUCACUUGGAAUUCGGUCUAUCACACUGCGAAUCAUGGAUUCCAUUGCGCGUCAUGCAAAUCCUCGAGAGCUUUAUCUCAUGAUACUUCAGACAAUGAGCAGUAUAAGCUGGGACGUCGACCUGGAUAAUUUGGACAGUGCAGUGGAAGGAACUGUGCUUUUUGCUGUUCUAAACAAGAUGCUAUCAGUCGUAAUGGCAAGGAUCAAAGCAAAGCAAUUGGUUCGAUUCAUGGUCACCCCAAUCAAGGCACAAUGGCCAGUUCUGACAUUUAUACAGGGUUUACUACAAGCUGGGUACGGCGAUGAGACCUUAGGAAGUAACAAGGAUAUAGCGAAUACCAAAAAAUCAUGGAAAGAAGUACUUAAGGUUCUAGUUGAUGUGAUCUAUGAUUUUUGCGACGCUUGCGUAGGGAUGCUAUCAAGUGGUGACAUUCUGUCUGCAUCAGACAGCGAGCUUAAAACAGAACCACAGCAACGUCGGUACAUUGUCUGUUAUCACAUCCUCAACGUGUUUGAUCACAUCCUGUUUGUCCUACCGUCCAAUUUCGCAAGGUCAUAUUAUAUGACAAGACACAAGAAGUACAACGUUGAUUCGGUGAGGCCAGGUGCUGACAAACAAUCCAGCAUAGAAAUUGCCGAUUCAUUUGGCAAGGAUAUCAUCAAAAGGAGCAUGUCUAUUGUCGCAAAGUCAAAAUUUCAGAUGAAAGAAAUUGUUACAGUAAUAGCCUUCAACCACAACGAGACAUUUACAUGCGACGAUGAGGAAUCAGAAGAUGAUGAUGACACAGUGCGUGCUUCUAAUCUCCCUUGGCCAAUAGAUGGUGUUGUUGCCAUACUCGCGACCGAAGUUGCAGUAGGAAAUGAUGAGGCAUUAUCUAAAGCAACAGACAUUAUGCCAUUAGGCUAUAGCCAACUUUCAUUGGAGGAUUUACUUGAUGACUUUGGAGCAUAUGUAGUAGACUCUUUAAACAGAAAUCGAGGGUCGCUAUCAUAUCGUUUGGACAAAUGCCUGGUUAUCUUGCAUGAUAUGUUGCAGCGGCGUGGCGAAGAUAAGCUGACAUUGGACGAUAUGCAGCGGACGUUUGGCAAUCUUUCUGGUCGACAAGCCUUGGAAAUAUCCGCAGAAGAAUGCACAUGGAUCGGCCUUUUCCAGGUAAUGUUGUAGACACUGCCGUCGCAUUCCAAAUAUCGUAAAACUUACUCGACGUGUCAUACUAGUCCGUUGCAUAUAUAGCGGCCACUUCACCAGAGCCAACAUAUCGCUUCUUGUGCCAUCAAUUUCUAGCUAGACUGAUCGAACUCAGCACAGAUGAGGCGAGCGUGUAUCUUUUGAUAGAGAU